AUGUCCAAAGUCAACGACCUUCCACCACCCGAAACCCCGCCAUCUGGCGCAACCUCCCCUCCAAAACCCUCAGAUGUAACCCCACUACCACCCUCAGUCUCCAAUCACACACCCUCUAUCCAAAACCUCGUCGCCUGGGCACCUCUCUACCUCUCCAAAACCGACCGAGUUAUAAACCACCUGUCAGCCCUCCUUUCCAGCCCCUCAGGAACUGACAGACUUCUCUGCACCCUGGGCUACACAUCCCUCCUCACCUCCACUGUCGCAACCUCAAUCUCUCAGCGCCAACUGCACACGCGAGCACGCUCAAUAAUCGAGAAAGCCUUCGCCUUGCCGGCGAACACGACAGUAAUUAUCAAUGCGUCGGAGUUAAAGAUUCCAGGCUCGCGGUUGUUAGUUGCGGGGAAGAGACUGAAGGCGCUCAACGGGUUGAUAUCGGAUUUUAGGAUAUUUGUGAGGUUGUGGGGGUUGGUUGGGCUGUGGGGUUGGGGAAAGAGUGUUUUGCUCCGGAUACACAAGGAGAGGAAUAAAGGGAGCCCUAUGGAAAAGGAUGAUGAAAGCAGCGAUAGGGUUGGCACAGGUAUCGAGGCCGCUCAGGUCCUCGUCAAUAUCUUAUACCAGUUCCUGGAGAACGGCGCGUACCUGAGUUCAAAGGGUGUGCUAGGGUGGAAUACAGAGAAGCAGAAUUGGGCUUGGAUAUGGAGCUCGCGGUUUUGGAUGACGCACGUUGGGCUUGAUUUCAUUAGACUGGCCCGAGAAUGGAGUAAGAAGGGGAAGGAUGCGGAAGAGCAGGAGAAACUAAUAUGGAAAUGGAGGAGGGAAAUGGUGGUUAAUGCGGCUUAUGCGCCGUUGACUCUGCAUUGGAGCUUAGAGAAGGGGCUAGUGGGGGAUUUCUGGGUCGGUGUUUUUGGGAGUAUUGCUGGGUUGGGUGGGUUGAGGGAGGCUUGGAGGGUUACGGGUGCUGGCAUUUAA